UUUGCCAUUGCUGUGCAAUGGCACUUGCGGUUUCGGAGGAAGGUAGAGAGACGUAUUUCCUGUGUUUGUUUUGUGAAACAAAUGGACUGGCUAAUGCAGCAUCAAAAUUGUGCUCUUAUCGGCUACAAAAGCAGCAAUGUACUUCUGAAUAUACAGAAGUGUGCUUGCGGUGGAAGUUCCUCAUCUUACUGAAAAUGUGCACAUAACAUUGCAGCUUGCUCACCGUUAGAUCAGAGCUGUGCUUUCGUGCCGUCUCUUCAGCCAAAGGCUCUGUUCCCUUAAGCCUGGACCUGCUUUCUCCUCUAUAGCUUACCAAGCUAAAAAUGAUUGAUGGGAUUCAACAGGCUAUGGUGUGGAGAGAGUGGGAGAUAGCUAUGCAAAAAGCAAAAUGGGUUUUUUUGCUGUCAAUUCUCUGCAGGAGAAGAAAAUGUUCUGGGAAUCCAGAGCUGAUUAUUUGUGUAUUGGCUGCCUCUCCUCUGUCCCCAAAGCCCAGUGCCUCGUGGAGAGCGGUGGCUCCAUGCUCCAUUUGGAAACCCCCCAGUGCAGCUCAAAAGUCAUUUGGAUUUUCUGUCCUGUUCACUGUCUCUUUGGUUAAAGAUUAAAGCUUUUUGCUGUUUCCUGAAGCUGUCUGUCCUGGAGCAUGGGGACUUGGAUUUGGAAAUGGAGCGGAGAGAGGCAGGAUAAAUCUUACGAUCAUAAAAUCAUUUUGGUUUGAAAAGACUUUUAAGAUCAUUGAGUCCGACUGUAAUCCCAAAAGUGCCAAGUCCACCACUAAACCAUGGCCCUAAACUUCACAUCUAUGUGUCUUUUCAGUAUCUCCAGGGACAGUGACUCAACCACUUCGCUGGGCAGCCUGUUCCAUUGCUUUAGAACUCUCUUAGUGACUAAUUUUUUCCUAAUGUUCUGUCUAAACCUCUCCUGGUGCAAUUUGAGCUGUUGCCUAUUGUCCUAAAUACCACAGUUCUCCUUGCUGCUUCUAUGCAUGCUUUGGCGCACUGAUGUUUGGGGCCCAGUGGUGGAUCCAGGAGAUAUUGCUUCUGCUGUCCUUAACUUCAGGGAAGAUCACAACGGUUGUGCUGGGGGAGCAGGCUCUGACGGGAGCGAGACUGCCCAGGAUGUCCAGCUACCUGCAAAAACUGACCACAGUGCUGCCGAGCCACAGGCCUGGGGCUCUGUUUAUCCUCAUCAUUUCAUUUCUGCUCGUUGCCUCUGUUGUGUUCUACCAGAGAACUGGGAAGGACGCUGAGGGCCAGCUCUAUGGCUUGUCUAUACAAAACAGGUGUAAACAGUUUUUCGCUUCCCCUCCCCACACCAUUGCUGGUGGGCCUCCUCCUUCCCCAGGGGAUGUGUUUUUUGUGGAGACCUCUGAGCAAACUAACCCAAGUUACCUGUUCACGUGCUCUGUGGAGUCAGCGGCCCGGGCACACCCUGGAACACGGGUUGUGGUGCUCAUGAAAGGCCUGGCAAAGGGGAAUGUCUCAUUGCCCAGCCACUGGGCAUUCUCAUUGCUGAGCUGCUUCCCCAACAUGGAGAUCCGGCCCCUGGACUUGGCAGAGCUUUUCUCAGGAACACCUCUGGCAAAGUGGUACUCACAGCCUGAGCACCAGAAGGAACCUUAUUUCUUUCCCGUCCUGUCUGACGCCUGCAGAAUUGCCAUCAUGUGGAAAUUUGGUGGCAUCUACCUGGACACAGACUUCAUUGUACUGAAGAACUUGAAGAACCUCACCAAUGCCCUUGGUAUUGAGUCUCAGGAUGUGCUGAAUGGGGCCUUUCUGUCCUUCAAACCCAAGCAUGAGUUCAUAGAACUUUGCAUGCAGGACUUUGUCGAUAACUACAAAAGCUGGAUCUGGGGGCACCAGGGCCCACAGCUACUAACACGUGUCUUCAAGAAGUGGUGCUCUAUCAGUAAUAUCCAAAGUGGUAUGAUCUGCAAAGGAGUGAGUGCUCUUCCCCCUGAUGCUCUUUAUCCCAUUCCAUGGCAGGACUGGAAGAAAUUAUUUGAAGCAAUCAGCUCCUCAGAGCUUCACAAUCUCCUUAAGAACACCUAUGCGGUGCAUGUAUGGAACAAACUGAGCCACGAUGCAAGGCUAGAGAUCACGUCCCAGGCUUUGCUGGCUCAGCUGUAUUCUCAGUUCUGCCCUGCCACAUCUGCACAGAUGAAGAAGGACUUUGAAGAGCAGUCAAGGCCUGUAAUGUGACCUGCGGCAGGGAAGUUUUCCAACCUGAAGGAAACUGAGUGCCUUCCACAAAGUUGGUUUCUAGCCCACAGAGCAGGUAUUCUGUGUGACAGCUCAGUGAUUUCAGUGAUUUUUAUACCAAUUAUGAUAUCUGCCUCAGGUCAUGCAUGCUUAAAUUAUACACCAGAACUUUAAUUUGGUCUCUCUUGCUGUCCUUCAGUAGCCCUUGAUGCUGCAGGGAAAGGUGUCCUUGUUCAUUGGUGCCUAGGACAGAAUCUGUCUGUUAAUACAUGGCUCUGUGACUGAUGUCACUACCACAAUUUUGGACUUUCCGUUAACUGGAUGCUGUAAACAGCACCAGGUUUGCUGGUGUUGGAUGGGGUUCACCUUUCUCAAAGGAGGAGGAGGGUCUUUGCACUUGAUCUCUCUGGGCUCAUUGACAGAACUUUAAAGUAGACAUUUAUGGGGGAGUGGGACAAUAUCAGGCUUGCCUGUGACAGGCUAUGGGAGAAGACGCUAAGGUUAGAGAGGUGGGGUGCUAGUGAGGACCCUCAGUCGGUAGCCCUGAGAUGUGUUGGCCUCACUGAAGCACACUUGAAGUCUUAUGGAGAUGAGCCAGGGCUCCCGAGAUAGUAGAAGCCAACAGGAAAACACCAGUUAAAUACUUCAAAUGAAGUAAUGGUUGUUCCUCUAAGAAGAUGACACGGCCAACAGCCCAGCUGAAGUGCCUGUACACCAAUACACGCUGCAUGGGCAACAAACUGAGCUGAAGGCCACUAUGCUGCUAGAAGACUGCAACCUAGUGGCCAUUACUGAAACUUAGUGGGACGAAUCCCACGAGUGGAAUGUGGCUUCAAUGGCUACAGGCUGUUCAGAAGGGACAGGAUAGGAAGGAAGGGUGGAGGGGUUGCCCUCCACAUCAAGAGAAAGAUAGAGCAUGAAGAGCUGUCUCUGAGGAAUAGCCAGGAGCAGGUUGAAUGCUUAUGGGUAAGAAUUGGAGGCCGAGGCAACAAAGGAAACCUUGUCAUUGAUUGCUACUACAGGACGCCCAAUCAGGGAGAGACUGUUGAUGGAGUAUUCUUAUUCCAGCUACAGGAGGCAUCUUGCUUGCAGGCUCUUGUCCUGCUGGGGAACUUCAACCACCCUGAUGUCUGCUGGAAAAGAGCACGGUGAGCUGUAGGGAAUCCAGGAGGCUCCUGGAGUGCAUUGAGUAUAACUUCCUGAGCCAGGUAAUAGAGAGCCCUACCAGGGGGGAUGCAAUACUGCGCCUGAUGGUCACUAAUGCAGGUGAGCUAGUUGGUGACAUCAAAACUGGAGGCAGCCUGGACUGCAGUGAUUUUGGGCUGCUCGUGGAAUUUGCAGUCCUGAGGGAUGUGGAACAAGCAAAGACUAAAGUCAGGACCCUCAAUUUUAGGAAAGCCAACUUCCAUCUCAUCAAGUAAUUAGUCAAUAGGGAAACUGCUGGUCAAGCUAAGGGCAAGAAGGAAAUGAACAGGCAGAGGAAGCAGGGACAGGUAUCCUGGGAAGAGUAUAGAGACACAGCCCGGUUGUGCAGAGAUGGGGUCAGGAAGGCCAAGGUUCAGUAAGGGAUGCGAAGAAUAGCAAGAAGGGCUUCUACAGGUAUGUCAACCAGAAAAGGAAGGUUAAAAAAGGUGUACCCCCCCACUUCGAUGAGUAAGACUUCUCAACUGUUAACAACGGAUGAGGAGAAGGCUGAGGUACUCAACAACUUAUUUGCCUCAGCCUUCACUGGCAAGCUCUCUUCCCUAACCUCUCAAGUGGAUGAACUGCAAGACAGGGACUGAGGGAACAAAGACCCUCCCUCCUAUAAAUGAAGAUCAUGUUCAUGACCACCUGAGAAAACUGAACAUACAUAAGUCUAUGAGGCCCAAUGAGAUGCAUCCCAGAGUCCUGAGGGAAUUGGCUGAUGUAGUUGCCAAGCCACUCUCCAUGAUAUUUCAAAAAUCAUGGCAGUCAGGGGAAGUCCCUGGUUACUGGGAAAGGGGAAACAUCACACCUAUUUUGAAAAAGGGUAGAAAGGAGGACCCCAGGAACUACUGACCUGUCAGCCUCACCUCUGUGCCUGGGAAGAUCUUGGAACAGAUCCUCCUAGAAGCUGUGCUAAGGCACAUGGAGGACAGGAAGGUGGUAAGAGACAGCCAGCAUGGCUUCACCAAGGGCAAAUCCUGUGACCUAUCUGGUGGCCUUCUACGAUGGAGUAACUACAUCAGUUGACAAAGGAAAGGCUAUGGAUGUUGUCUAUUUGGACUUGUAUAAAACCUUUGACAUGGUUCCCCACAACAUCCUUCUCUCUAAAUUAGAGAGGUAUGGACUUGAUGGGUGGACUGUUUGGUGGAUGAGGAACUGGCGGGAUGGUUGCAUCCAGAGAGUAGUGUUCAAUGGCACAAUUUGUGGAUGGACACUGGUGAGAAGUGGUGUCCCUCAUGGGUCCAUCUUGGGCCCAGUAAUAUUUAAUAUCUUCAUCAAUGUCAUAGACAGUGGGAUCAAGUGCAGCCUCAGCAAGUCUGCAGAUGACACCAAGCUGAGUGGUGCAGUUGACAUGCCUGGGGGACAGGAUGUCAUCCAGAGGGACCUGGACAAGCUCGAGAAGUGGGCCCAAGUGAACCUCAUGAGGUCCAACAAGGCCAAGUGCAAGGCCCUGUACCUGGGUCAGGGUAACCCCCGGUAUCAAUACAGGCUGGAGGAUGAAGAGAUUGAGAGCAGCCCAGUGGAGAAGGACUCGGGGGGGUACUAUUGGAUGAAAGAUUGGACAUGAGCCAGUAAUGUGUGCUUGUAGCCCAGAAGGCAAAUCGUAUCUUGGGCUGCACCAAAAGAAGCAUGGCCAGGAAGCUGAGGGGGGUGAUUCUGCCCCUCUGCUCUGGUGAGACCCCAUGUGGAGUCCCGCAUCCAGCUCUGGAGCCCUCAGCACAGGAAAGACAUAGACCUGUUGGAGAGGGUCCAGAGGAGACCACCAAGAUGAUCAGAGGGCUGGAACACCUCUCCUGUAGGGACAGGCUUAGAGAGAUGGAUUUUUCAGCCUGGAAAAGACUCCAGGAAGACCUUAUUUUAGCCUACCAGUACUUAAAAGGGGCCUAAGAGUAAUAUGAGGAGAGAAUUUUUAGCAGGACCUGUUACGACAGGACAAGGGGUAGUGGUUUUUAAACUGAAGGAGGGGGAUAUUCAAGCUAGACACAAGGAAGAAAUUUUUUGCAAUGAGAGUGGUGAAACACUGGCCCAGGUUGCCCAGAGAGGUGGUAGAUGCCCCAUCCCUGGAGACAUUCCAGGCCAGGCUGGACGGGGCUCUGAGCAACCUGAUCUAGUUGAAAAUGUCCCUGCUCAUUGCAAGGGGGUUGGACUAGAUGGUAUUUGAAGGUCCCUUCCAACCCAAACUAUUCUGUGAUUAUUAUAGAAUCCACAGAAUGUCAGGGAUUGGAAGGGACCUCAAAAGAUCAUCUAGUCCAAUCCCCCUGCCGGAGCAGGAACACCUAGAUGAGGUUACACAGGAAUGUGUCCAGGUGGGUUUUGAGUGUCUCCAGAGAAGGAAACUCCACAACCUCCCUGAGCAGCCUGUUCCAGUGCUCUGGCACCCUCACUGUGAAGAAGUUUCUUCUCAAAUUUAAAUGGAACUUUCUGUGUUCCAGUUUAUAGCCAUUGCCCCUCAUCCUAUCACUGGUUGUCACCAAGAAGAGCCUGGCUCCAUCCUCGUGACACUCACCCUUUAUCUAUUUAUAAACAUUAAUGAGGUCGCCCCUCCAUCUCCUCCAAACUAAAGAGACACUGAUCCUUCAGCCUUUCCUCAUAAGGGAGAGGUGCCACUCCCUCAUUCAUCUUAGUUGCCCUGCACUGGACUCUCUCCAGCAGUUCCCUGUCCUUCUUGAACUGAGGGGCUCAGAACUGGACACAGUAUUUCAGACGUCAUCUCACCAGGGAAGAGUAGAGGGGAAGGAGAACCUCUCUCGAUCUACUAACCACCCCCCUUAUAAUACACCCCAGGAUGCCAUUGGCCUUCUCGGCCACAGGGACACAGUGCUGGCUCAUGGUCAUCCUGCUGUCCACCAGGACCCCCACGUCCCUUUCCCCUACGCUGCUCUCUAAUAGGUCAUUCCCCAACUUAUACUGGAACCUGGGGUUGUUCCUACCCAGAUGCAAGACUCUACACUUGCCCUUGUUAUAUUUCAUUAAAUUUUUCCCUGCCUAACCCUCCAGUGUGUCCAGGUCCCACUGGAUGGCAGCACAGCCUUCUGGCCUGUCAGCCACUCCUCUCAGUUUGGUGUCAUCAGCAAACUUGCUGACAUUGCACUCUAUUCCCUCAUUUAAGUCAUUGAUGAAUAUAUUGAAUAAUACUGGUCCCAGUACCGACCCCUGAGGCACUCCACUCCCCUGAGGCCUCCAACUAGACUCUGCCCCACUGACCACAACUCUCUGGCUUCUUUCCUUCAGCCAGUUCCCAGAACUAUCAAUUGCUCUUCUGUGUCUGUUCUCUUAGUUGUGUCAGGCCUGAAACACCUCUCAUGUAUUUUCAACAUCUGUAGGAAUCCUUGGCUUGCUCUGUGUAACGUUUCUAAGUAUAUAAAUAAAUGACAGAAAGUGCUAUUGGGCCUAUGAUUUCAUCAUUAGGCCUUAACUCAUUACCACAGCUUUUAGCUCUAUAGCUUUUUGUCUUAUUUGCAAAGGCACCCUGCUUGUUCUUACCCUGGUUUUGUUCUUCUGAGCAACAUAUCCCUGGUGGUCAAUUUGACUGUGCUUUUCCUGAAGGUAAGAUUGUACCCAGUUGUGCAAACCUAAGAUCUGUUUACCGUGCUGUGUUUCUCCAACAAAAUCAUGUUCAAAACAGAAAGAAUCAGGUCUGUAAUAAACCAAAGAAGAAUUUGUAGGUCUUUUAUGUGUAUCAAUAGUUCAAACGGGCAGAGGUAAAAGGCAAGAAGAUACACAAGCUGGUUAUCUUGAUUUGUGAGCAGUUAUUUUGUUUGUCUGGAUGGUGUUGUGUUUUCUUUCUUACUUUGCACAAAACGUGCAAUGAAAUUUAGCCACGAAGUCUAAAUUGGUGUUUGAUGAUGAAGGUUACUAAUAAAUGCCACAGAUGCAUCA